AGUAUAUCAGUCUGCUCGAUUGCCAAGCAGGACACUAAUUGGAGCAGGCAGCUGGAUAGCUUUUGAAGAAAGAAGCCAUGAUCUGGACCAUCACAUUCAUAUUAUCAGCACUGCUGGCUGUCUUUGUAUUCUUCACUGGCACCACACGACGGAAAAAUGAGCCUCCCUUGGACAAAGGUUAUAUACCUUGGCUGGGACAUGCCAUACAUUUGGGAAAAGAUGCAGCUAAAUUUCUGGCUCAAAUGAAGAAGAAACAUGGUGACAUUUUUACAGUGCAUGUUGCAGGACGCAAUGUCACCGUGCUGCUGGAUCCACAUUCCUACGAUGCAGUUGUUAUGGAGUCCUCCUCAAAGCUUGAUUUCAACAAAUAUGCUCAUCUGCUUAUGAAAAGGAUAUUUGACCUUCAACUACCAGACCACGAUUCAGUGGAGGAAAAGGCUACCAUGAAAAUGUAUUUACAGGCUGAACAUUUGGAGUUGCUAAAUAUAAGGAUGCAGUCUAAUCUUUGCUCUCAUCUGCUUUCUGUUUUGAAUGGGCAUAAUCAUAUGUGGAAAGAAGACGGACUUCUUCAUUUCUGUUACAGCACAAUGUUUUGUUGUGGCUAUCUAACACUCUUUGGGAAUGAAGCCUAUCCUGAGACGUCCUCCUUUGCCAGUCAGAGUGCUGAUGUGUAUAAAGAGUUCAGGAAGUUUGAUGAGCUGCUGAUGAAAAUAGUUCGCGCCAGCCUGACGUUUGGUGAAAAGAAAGAAGUCAGAGGUAUAAAAGAAAGGCUGUGUGAUCUGUUGUCCUCUUCAAGACUUGGUGCUAAAUUGAAUCAAAGUUCAUGGCUGAAGAAUUACAGACUUCACCUAGUGAAGCAGGGAGUGAAUGAAGAAAUGUUAAGACGAGCCAUGAUUCUGCAACUCUGGGCCACUCAGGGUAACACUGGUCCUGCAGCAUUUUGGUUAAUGGUGAUGUUACUGAAACAUCCUGAUGCCUUGACAGCACUCAAGGAUGAAUUGAAGACAUUUGUGAAGCCUACGAAUGACAGACAAGAUCCAAAUGCAUUUUUGCAAUCUGUUUCUGAAGUAAUCCAGGGUUGCACCCCCAUUUUGGACAGCACCUUGAAUGAGACUCUCCGUAUGACAGCAGCUCCCUUCAUAACCAGGGAAAUUCUUCAGAAUAUGACACUGACUAUGGCUGAUGGUCAGCAGUACAACUUGAAGAAGGGAGAACGAAUAUGUCUCUUUCCCUAUCUAAGUCCACAAAUGGAUCCUGAGGUCCACUAUGAACCUGAGAAAUUCAAGUAUAAUCGAUUUUUAAACCAAGACGGCUCCCCUAAAACAGAUUUCUUUAAAGGGGAUAAAAAGCUUAAGUACUCCAGCAUGCCAUGGGGAGCAGGGAGAAACAUCUGUGUGGGACGACAAUUUGCAAUCAACAGCAUUAAACAGUUUAUCUUUAUCAUGCUUAUGGCCUUCGAUGUGGAGUUGUGUGAUUCCGAAGCUUCUCUUCCAGAGGUAGAUGUGAGCCGAUAUGGAUUUGGAAUGUUACAGCCCAAAAAGGACAUAAAAAUUCGCUACAGGCUAAAGAUCAGAAAUUUUACCUGAAGACCAACACUUUGUGUUACUAAUUACAAUGUAAUUGCAUAUUUGCUAGGUCAGACGUACACUUUCCUGGUGUUGAUGUGUUGGUGCAUGCCCUAUCAAGGACUUGUCUGAUCUAUUUAUUUUUUGUUGAGCUCAGAACCAUACAACUCUGAGUUGUAAUGAAUGAGUUUAACAAUGCUUGAACAAAUGCUCUGUUUUAUAUUAUAAUACAGGCUUCUCCCAAGUUACAAAUGAGUUCUGUUCCUGCCAACAUUCAUAAAAUAAGAGGACUUUACAGUGAAAAUGUGCAUGUAAGAAAUUAUCGACACAAAUGCACAAUACUUUAAUUAUUUGACAGAAAAAUGUUUAGGUUCAUGUUGCUUAAUUAGAAGCCAAUCCUUAUGGAUAACAAAACUUCUAAUUGAAUUUAUAGUUGUUUAGUAUUUUCAUUCUGCCACAUAAAGUCAUUCUAGUAUUAUAUAUUUUUCCUAAAUGCUAUGCACAGGUUAGUAAUUCUUAGUCCAGAUAUUUUAUUGAAAACAGAUAUUUCAUGAUGUAACAGUUGUAAAUAGGACCAAGUUAGAAGAUGAGCUGCUGUUUUUUAUUUCUUUUGCAUGUCAUUGUUAAUCGGAAACUGGUUCAGAAAACAAGAAGCAAUUUAAACACAGUGAAUGGAGCUGUUUAAGAAUAAAAACAGCAAUUAAGGUUUUGGAAACCUAAAAAACAAGUCAAGCCAAUGUAGCAAACAAAUGCUGGUUGAGGAGUAACUGCUUCAGCAGCAAUAUUGGCUUCUAAUCAUGAAACAAUUGGGUUGGAACAAACACCUGCAGCUAGUGCGGCCCUCCAGGACUAAACUUGAGAAUUAGGUACUAUAUCAGAGAACCACUUCCGAUUCUUCUACUUUUCUAAAGUGUAUAAAUUCCAAUUUUAAAAAGAGGAAUUUAGUUGUUAAAAAGUGAUGUAAACAAGUGAAGAUGAGAAUAAGACAUUGGUAAAAUAAUUCAGUUAAUGUCUGUCUUAAGUAAUUUACUUUGAUGUACUGAACUGCAGUAUUCUAAACUCUCUCCAGCCUGCUGUGUCUGCACAACCAUACUUUUCAUAAUUUUACAGCUGCUUUAUUCUGUUAUUUUGAAGACAAAAUUAAAAAUUUACUCUGAACUAUCUUUACAAUAUCUACAAACUCUUGAUCUUCAAAUGUUGUCUUCUGUAUAGACAAAAAAUAUUUUUUCAAUGCUCUCCUGAUAAAAUCAGCUUUCCAUUUAUUCAAAAUUAUAAUUUUUUGUAAUGCAAGUACUAAGCAGGGCUGGGAUGCCCGUCCAACCCAUGUGGCAUUUACACAUAUUCUAACAAGACCUGUUAUAGGAAGAACCAAGUACAAAUUAGUGUUUAUUGUUUGUCCACUUUGUAGUUCAGUUAAUCUUUUGUGUCAUUUACAGUAUUUAUAAUAAAUGCACCAUUUUUUUGUAUAA